ACCAUAAAUUCAUUAUUUUGCGCAUAUGAAUGAUUCGACAAUGACGAGCAAAGACUGGGCAAUACAGGUAGAAGACAAAGCCGCAAUCAUGUCGGAGACAGCGACGGCAGAGGAAGAACAGUGGAAGCGACAAUCCAUCUACAACAUCCAUCCGUACAUAUCCGACCUGAACAGCAAGGCUUUUGUCCCUCAGGUCGUUUCGUUCGGACCGUACCACCACGGGAAAGACCAUCUCAAGUACAUGGAGAGGCACAAAGAACGCGCCCUUCUUCAGUUCUUGAAGAGAUCGAAGAACCCCUUCGAGGUUUUCAUGGAAUCUUUGGUCUGUAUAGAGGAAGAUCUGAAGAACUCGUACGAUUUGCUCGGCGAUGAGUGGAGACAAGACAGCGACAAGUUCUUGAAGAUGAUGAUUCUUGAUGGGUGUUUCAUGGUUGAGAUCAUUAGGGCUGCUACCGAUGAGGUAAGAGAUUACUCUCUGAGAGAUCCGAUUUUCAGCGAUCAUGGCGGGAUUUACGUUGUACCUAUCAUCAAGAGAGAUAUGAUGUUACUGGAGAAUCAGUUGCCGAUCCUGCUCAUCGAUACAUUACUUGCAGUCGAAGCAAACAAACCCGAGGAUCUGGGUAUGGCGAAGGAGCUUAUCGGGAAGUUCUUCUGUCUCGGUUCGGGCAGAUGGAAAGAAGGAAAGUUCUUGCAUUUGUUGGAUAUAUACCGAUAUAGUCUGGUUCAGGAACAGAGAUGCGAGGACGAAGACAUCAUCCAUUCCGCAACACACCUCGUUGAAUCGGGAGUCAAGUUCCGAAAGAGCAAAAGCUUACGUCUCAGCGACAUCAAAUUCAAGGACGGAAUCCUGAGCCUGCCGACGAUAACGGUGGACGACACGACGGAAUCAACGUUCCUGAACCUAAUGGCGUACGAGCGGCUCCACGUCGGGGCGGGGAACGAGGUGACGUCGUACGUGUUCUUCAUGAAAGGGAUCCUCGACAGGGCAGACGACGUGGCCCACCUGGUCGGCAAAGGCAUAAUCAAGAACGCGUACGGAAGCAACAAGCACGUGGCCGACCUCUUCAACAGGCUCUCCAAGGACAUAACCAUAGAUCCGAACGGAGAGCUCGAGAAGGUUCAGAAGACCGUGAAUCUGUAUCGGAAGAAGCACCGGCACCGUUGGCGUGCCAGCCUUGUCCGUACUUAUUUCGUGAACCCUUGGGUUAUUAUCACUGCUCUUGCUGCCAUUUGGAUUUUUGGGUUCGAUUCCAUUGCUUCUGUUUACUCGGUGCUCUCUUACUACAAGUAAGAUG